UUCGUAGUGUGCAAAAAAAGUGUCCGUUGUUCGUUCGCUAUAUUCGGGUGUUCAUACCGUCCGGACGGUUACCCCAUAUCCGGUGUUUUGUUCCGUGUGUGGUAGCAAAGGACAUCAGUUUUCCUGCCAUCGACAAGGGCAGAUGAGAAAAAAAUCAAGUGCUGGUGGAAGUGAACAUUAUUGUGACCUUGGUCACCACCAGGCCCGCAGCCAUUGUUUGGUGCCAUUGUUAAGUUGAUUGUUGUCGACCAGAAACUUAUCAUCGUCAAGGCCGAGGUGUGGCAGCCAUCUUCAACCAACGGAGGAGGACCACGUGGUUGGAGAGAUUAACGAUCACUGAAGAAAAACUCUGUGCAAAAACUACAUAGAAAAUACUGAGCUCACGAAAAAAUUUGAGAUGGCGAAGGCACAAACUUCAUUAACCGUGAGAAAACGAUACAUUUCGAAUAUGUAAAAAAAAAAUUCGAAAACGAUGACAGCAAAAAAAAGGUUGAAAAAAGUUUCGCAAAGCAGCCAUCAGCAGAACGGAACGAUUAUCAGCUUUUCUUUUUUGUGUUCCCGUAAAAGUUCCAGUGAAAAAUUAUUCAAUCUCCUCCAUUAGAUCUAUCCUCCGGGGAAGUGUGCUUCUCCGUCAAUCGACAGAAAAUUUCUGGCCGUUGUUGAUCUCGAAUAGGGAAGUAACAAUAAGAAAAAUGGCCCACUCGAUGAGUCCCGGCGGCUACUCGAACUACGAGGACGACGCACUAUUCCAGGGUGCGGCCUUCACCCACGACAUUUCAGAACAGAUGCGGGUUCCGAAGAGAAUCCGGGCCACCGGCGAUUACUACGACGAUCACGAGCUGCUCUCGAAUGGGAACGGGGAUCUUAACUCCUGGAACUACCGGGACAAAAUUGAGAUGAACGUUCCGGACCGGAUCGUGGUCCUGGGGCAGGAUCAGCAUUUAGUUCUCACGUCAGGCACCAAAUCGGCCCCCCGGGAGAUAAUGCUGGAGAAUUCUAUCCUGCCGAAGGAUCCGGGCAUGGUGCGGGUGUUGACACCUCCGCGGGUCAUCUCGCUGGCCGAGCACCAUUUUCCGUCGGCAUCCGAUGAACCGGAGAAGGAUUCUGGAUACGGUGGUGCCCGCGAGAAGGGAUCCCUGGAACAGGAGGCAACCUAUGACGAUUACGAACCUCGAUCGCUGGAUUCGAUCGAAGCGGACGCAAAUGGUAGUUUCGUUGUAGGAAACAAGCAACGGUUCGGGAAUGCCGGACGGGGUGGAGAAACGCAGAAGCGGGCCACUUUUGCGAAAAAUAACUCGGAGCUGAUCGUUGGCAGAAGCUUCCGGGAUGAAACGCCUACCUUUGGUGGCAGUGUAGAAAAUCUGGCACCCUCAGAAGAGCUGACCCAUCUACGCCGGCAGGUGACCAAAAUGAACCGAAGACUGCUGACGCUGGAGCUAAACUUCGAACAGCGGCAGCAACGGGAAAAGCUCAUCUACGCCGCCGGGUUGGCAUAUCUGUUGCUCAAAACCUUCAUGUGGAUGACCCGGAAAUAAAAGAAAACUGCCCCGCCCUAACUAUACCUUCGGUUACCGGUGAUCCGGCAUCCCAAACCUGCACGAGGCGCAAGCUCUAUGUAGAUGGUAUAACUAAUGGUAAUGUACGCUGCACGCACAUUACAAAAACAAAGUUUAAGAAGAACAAUUUGACAACCAAUGUGUGUCGAAGCUAUUUCGAGAAAAUAGAUUAAAGUCAGUCGUUGAUAUUGAUGAUAUUGUGCUAUUUUUCACAACUAUCCGGUAGACAUUUCUCCUUAAUCCCUAUCCCAAAGGUACAUAGAAUUAUUUGAAAACAGAAAACUGAGUAUCUAGAAAACAUCAAUGGUUAAGUUUAGCUACGCCCUUAUAGACUCGUUACUUUUAAACUAUUUUUUAAAAUCAAAAACUGUGUUUGAAGGUAGCAAGUAGUUCAAUAAAAAGAUAUUUUCUGUAAUUUAAUCUUAGCGCAACUAUUGUGCACGGCUGAAAGACAAAGCAAAAUAGUUUCUUUCUGUUUCAAGGAUUUUUUUGAGAAUUUUACCCUCACUUCAAAUUAUAGACACAAAUAGAAUCCAUGAAACCAUAAAUUAUAAAGUUCUAUGAUAAGCAAACAAAGUAUGGGGUGAUAACCUGCAGAUAACAUUGAGAUAUCCUAACAUCGAUGCAAAGUCGAUUACGCGCUUGCUCUUGUAAGGUGAAACCAAACCUUGGCAACCUUAUGUUGAUUUGUGUAAUAAGAAGUAUGUACCUAAUAAAGUUUUCCAUAAACAUA